CAUAAUAAUAUUAUUGUUUUAAAUAAACAAAUAUCAUUUUAUGCUUCACUUAUGAUCAUAUGUGUAAUGCUAAUAUUUUUUAUAGAGAAAAGUUGAAUACUUUAGAAUGUAUUCAUAUUAUUUCAAGAUAAUCAGUUAUACUUUGUUUUACAAAUGUUAAAAAGUGUCGGUUUAAGUUUCUAGAAAUUGUCGGCGAAGUGUUCAAAAUAAAAAUAUUUAAUUUUUAUUUAUGAACAUGUAUAAGAAGUGUCAGACACGUGUUCGAGGUAUCCGACAUAGACACGACACGAAUACUGCUCCUUUAUAGAAGUGUCCGUGCUUUUGUGACGACCCUGGAUUUUACAGACCCAGUGUGUCCUGUAAUGACCCAAAACGGAUCUAAAAUGCAGAAGGUAGAACAUAAACAAGGUUUUUAGAAAUGUAUGUCAUCCUUAAGACACAAGAGUAACCUUCCGAGGAGUUUUGACACUCAAUGGAAGCAAAACGGAGCCAAGGGUAUCAAAACCCUACAAGAGAAGGACCAAAGAUAAAAUGGUUAUUUUACCCUAAGAGGUAGGUAUUUGACUUCCAACAAGUCAAAUUAGAUAAAAUAAAAAAUAAAAAAAAAAAUGUCCAAAAACAUCAUUUGGUAACUUCACGUGAAGUCCCAAGGCCAAAAGAAGAGAAAACCCAAAAGAACCCUAUCCCGGUUCGAACCAAAUCUGAUACCCUCUCACUAAAAUAAGGAUAUCUCGAGCUAGGAGAAGAAUUUGAAACUGAAAUUUAUACUAUUGGAAAGCUUACUUCGACGCGGUCCGUUUAAACUCGAGAACGGACUAAUUCGGAGUUAAAACGAAACAGUUAUAACAGUUCGAAGUUGGAAGGCCAAAGCUGAACCUAUAGAAAAGGUUUUGGGAGACUUGAACCGGUUCAGCAUUCCUGAACCAGUUGGACCCAAAAACACACCUUGAACCAGUUCAGCCCCUUUGAACCGGUUCAACCCAAUCUGCAUUGAACCCAAACAGUAGAAAACCAAAAAAAUGGAACCGACGAGGGGUUUUCAAGACCAAGACGACAUUAUUCGGAAAAAUGCCGUGAAAAAACUCGCCUUAAAAUCACAUUUUCUAUGUGACGGAGUUAUGACCGGAAUUUAUUUCCCGAAAGAAAAUCCCAAAAUGCCCUUUAACCGGAUUUUGCAAGAAAAAUGUGAAAUGAGUCUAUCGGAGGCUCAUUUCACCAACGAAAGAGUUUUUCAUGAAAACGAUCAUGCACGCAGACGUAACUUACCUAUUAAGACGUGCUACAAUGAUCCACAGCUUAAAAAUACCGUUGAUGCAAAAUUUGACCUAUCCAAACCCCAAUGCAUGGAAAAAUGCCCUUUAAAGGCAAAAAUGCAAUAACUGUACUUAAAUGCAAUCAAAUGACUGUUUGGCCAUUGGCCACACUUUAUGCAUAUUAAAUAAGACCUAGUGGAUGUGCUCGUGCACACUUUGCACCACCCGAUUUGGAAAGGAACCCUUAAAGACUCGAAUUUUUCUAUUUUUAGCCCAAAAAUGCAAUAUAUGAAACCAAAAUGCAAAACCUAAAACAAAAUGGUAUUUGGCCCUUGGCCACACCUCAUACAUGGUAAAUGAAUGCCUAAUAAUGAAUUUCAUACACAAUUCACACUCCAGUGCAAAGAUGAUAUAUUAAAACCCUAGUUUUUCAUAUUAUUCUCAUUAAAGACAAAUUUCUACAUUUUUUAAAUAUACAUGGAUUUCAAAUAAAGUUUAGCUCUUGGCCACAUAUCAUAUACAUAAAAUGGAUGUUAAAAAGUGUGCUUAGUGUUACGGGCUUAGAGUUUCAACACCACUCUAGCUACUCCCGUGCGGCACCAAGACGUUGCUUCUACUCUCGCAAGUACUUAGUCAGCCUAACUCCCGUGCACACCUUAACCAACACGCUCCCCUCGUGCGCUUACUAGUGUUGUAGUGACCCUCGCCCUCUCUUCAUUUGGCUUGCACACUCACACACACUAAGGCACUUAAGUUGGCAAGGAAAGAACACUUCUAUUACUUCAAAGAAUGUUUUGUACAAGGCUAGCACUCAAACUCUCUACAAGGCUCUCAAGACUCACUCUAGGACUUGUUGGCUGCAAAAUGAAGUCCUACUCCUAUUUAUAGGCAUCCCCAUCCCUAAUGGAUGGCUAGGAUGCAUUCUAACCAAAGGUGGAGAUCGAUUUUCUAGAAUCUUCUCCCACCUUCUUCACACUUCCAUACUUAUCCACAAGUAUCUACAACAUUCUAGAACUCUCCAUACUACUCCUCACAAUUCUGGAGAACUCUAGACUAUACUACACAUAACUAUAAUCUUCCACACAAUACUAGACAAUUUCGGAAGACUCUAGAAACUUCACUUGCCAUACAGCUGCCAUGCAGCGUCCUACUCAGUGCCUGCGUGGCGUAACCUCCAUAGGCGGGGCGUGACAUUAGGCACACAUUACAAAUUUCAAGGUAAAAAUGACAUUUUUAACCUAACUAUGUAUUAUAACUUGAAAAGUAAAACGCAAACAUGCUAACAUUUACAUGUGAAUAAGAAUACAUUUUAAAGAACUUCAAUCCAACGAAAUGAUCUAGGGACGUUGUGCAUCCCGAAUCAAGGUAUCUGUACCUGAAAAAUAACUCAAUAACUUUGGGGUGAGUAAACAAGUUACUCGUAGGGAAUGAGCAUGCAUAGACGUAACUUUUUACAAAGUUAACACAUUAACAUGAAACAAUUCAAAGGAUCAUCUCAAGCUACUCAUACAAUUGAAAUGAACUACGGCAUACAAGUAUACAUGCAUCAAGUAUACAAAAACGAUGUAAAAACACGAUAUACAACAUACAAGCAUAAACUUUUAAGUAUAUUAAACUAUAUCAAAACAAGUUAUGCAAUGUCUAAGUAUACCUAUACAAGUAUACAAUUAAUAUGGAAAGCUCGUAAAUCAAGUAUACGAACACAAGUAUACUAAGCUAAAUGAAUUAUGCAUGAGACAAAUAUACACGGCACGAGUAUACUAAAGUGAGAUCCGAUUACACAAAUCAAACAUACAAGGCGUAAGUAUACUAAAUAAAGUUUAGAUACACAAACAAGGAUACAAGUUCAAGUAUGCUAAAUGAGAUCUAAAUACACGAAGCAAGUAUACAUUUUCAAGUAUACUAAAUGAGAUCUAACUGCACGAAGCAACUAUACAGUGUCAAGUAUAUUAAAUGAGAUCCAAAUUGCAAGGCAAGUACCAAUUCACAAGCUACAAGUAAUCCAUGAUUAACUACUUGGAAUUUAAUGUAAAAUCAGAUAGUGGAAAGACUAGGAUACUUGGUUACUGACCAAGCAAGUUAUUCUAGGCAAUUACGACCCACAAGGAACUACUUAGUGAGCACGUGUAUAAGUUAUUCUGGGCAAUUACAACCCACAAGGUACUACCUAGUACGCACUUCAUAUGACUAAGGAAGCUCGUCGCCGUACUAGAGCCAAACUCUAGCCAUCACAUGUAUAUUUUCCUUACAAGCCUUCCAAAAUCAAUAAGUUCAAAACUUAUGCAAAAAUCAAUAAGUUAGACCAAACCUAUAUAAACUCAAAUAAUGUAUAGGAAUCAAUUUUCAUGCACAAGUAAGGUUGAAUCCACACAAACCAUGUCCUAGAGUUUCAAGUUUACAAUGACCUUCACAAUGUCGAAUCUUCAAUGUGUGAUUCUUUACAAGCUAUGAUAAUAUCAUUUCAAUAUCGAAAACACGACCUCAUCUAAACAAUCCCUAAUUAACAUAUGUUAAACAACAUAGCAUAGUCAUUAUAUAAACCAACUCAAAACUAAAUUAACUCAUUAGAACAACAAAAUAGAAUUUAAUUAAAAUACGGUAAUUAAAUCUCUAAAUUCUAAAGCAACUCCAAAUGGCCCCAAAUUGACAUAUACUAGUGAACAAGUCCUAGUUAUUACCAUUAUCAAGUUAAAAACUCAAUCAAAUCAAUGGAAACUUUAAAUAGAUUUUAAUUAAUUCAAUACUAGUGAACAAGUCCUAGUUAUUACCAUUAUCAAGUUAAAAACUCAAUCAAAUCAAUGGAAACUUUAAAUAGAUUUUAAUUAAUUCAUUUAAUUUAAAAUCUCUAGAUUUCUAAACUUAUCCAAAUGCUCUCAAAUUAAUAUAGGUUAAAGAACAUACCAAGGCCUAUUUUAAUAUCACAUUACAAGUUGAUUUCAUGUUAGUUAUAACCAUGUGAAUUAAAUUUUCAUUAAAGAAAAUUAUUAAAUAAAAGUUGCAAUACUUAUUCAAUACUCCCAAUUUAAUAUAUGUCAAAGAACAUAUCAAUGUCUAAUGUACUAGCAUGCCACAAUUUAAUUAUAUGCUAUACGCAACCAUGAGAAUUAAAUCUUAUACAUAGAAAAUAAUUAAAUUAAAUUCUAAAACUUGAACAAAGGCAUGCUUACAAGUUGUAUAUGCUUAUGAACCAAUCAAUACAACAUUUAUAUAAGCCUAAGACAACCCCUACCUCAAUUUGAGAUGAAAAUCUCAAAAGCCACCAAAUGGAACCCGCAAAAAUCCGACGAUAUUUCGGGGUUUUGUUGAAACCCCAAGGAGGUCACACCAAAAUCCUAACUUGGCUUCAAACCCGAACUCAAAAAAUGGCCAAAACGGGAUUUCAAUCGGUUAGAAUCGAAGGCCUCGUCAAGGCGAACAUUAAAGCCUAAGGCACCACGGCAUUUUACUAAAGGGAAAGGGUUCAAAAGGGAAGAGAGAAGGUGGCAGCCCAUGGAUGCCGGCCAAGAGAGGGGAAAGAGAUGAAAUGGUUUGACUUUUCAUUUUAGAACCCCUUAUUUAUAGAAAAACCCUAAAAGUGCCCUGAAGGGGCCGUGCUGGGUCCGGAAAAGUGGAAUUUGAGCAAACGCGCUCAAACGACAAAACACUGUGAACGAAAAGAACCAAAAUGAGAAAAAAUGAACAACGGAAGAAAUGACGUCAAAAACCGAGUUUUGAGUAGAGAGAUAUGCCCCGAACAAGUUUGGCGCUAAUCGGGCCAAAAACCCUAAAACUGGGGAAAACGUCCGGAAGACAAUUCUAAGAGUACACUACUCGACGAAAUGUGAAAAUGAAUCCCGUAUGAGGAUUUAAGCCCCAAGAAGACACUUCGCAAUUAACUUUAAUUAAUUGCACAAAGGCCCUGACAAAAAAAGAUAACUGCGCAAGUGACCCAAAUGAAAAUAUCUUCCAAAAGAUAUUGUCUUAAAAACCCCCAAAUCAAAAUAUUUUCAAAAGAUAUUUAUGAAAAACAUUCCAAGAACCGAAAAUACUUCUAAAGAAUCUUUUCAUCCACGCCCCUGCGGGGAAAAAAAAACGACCGGCGAUCUUUCUCCAAAAGUAAAGUUACACUUUUCAAGGAAACCAACAAGAAUGAAAGUACGUGGAGUCAAAAACCAACUCCGUGCACGAAGAGUGAGGUUACGCGAAAGGAAAUUUCAAUGAAAAAAAAUUAAUCCGUAAAAAUGGAAAAAAGGGAAAGGAAGGAAAAUGAUCGGGUCAUUACAGCUUUGUAGUCUAAGGUUAAGGGUUGCUUGAAGUAAUUUGGGACCUUAGGCAAAAAAUUAAAAUUGGCAUUUUCAAUAAUAUAAGUAAAAAUAGUGACUACUCACAAACAAAAUAUAUCCAAUAUAUAUAUAUAUGUAUAAAUUUAUAAUAACAAAAUUUAAUAAAACUAAAAAAUAAUUAAAGAACCUGAUUUAGAAAUGCUCCUACAAAUUCUUCAAUAUAAUAAAAGUGCAUUCAAAUUAAAAUUAAGAGUAAUGAGUAUUGAGUGGAGAAGAAAGAGAACUGUAAACUUAUAAUGAGAGAGAGAGAAGACGACUUGUUGAAAGAUGAGAGAAAGUUCAUGAGAAAUAAGAAAAAGAAGAAGAUAAAAUCUAGAAAAAGAAUAUGAAAAGUUUUUGCUACUUCCCCAAAUAACAACGGUUGAAUACAUAUUUAAUAUUUUAUUGUUGGUAUAACUUUGAGAAAUAUUUUUUUAGUGCUUGUGUAAAAAAUGUGAAUGAGAGAGAAAAAAGAAAAAAAAGUGGAAGUUAUUUAAAUGAUAUAAAUUUUUAGGCCCAAUAUUAAAUUCUGUAUUGAUUAAGGUUAAUAAAUAAAUAAAUAACGUGAAUGAGGAGGACAGAGGAAAAAAAAAAAGUCAUAUAAGGAUAUAGAUUUUUGGGGCCUAAUAUUAUAUUAAAUUUCUGUAUUAGUUUGAGUUUAAUUAAAAAACCAAAUGAGGGAGGAAAGAGAAAAGAGGGAAAAAAAGAAGAAGUUAUUUUAAGAUCUAAAUCUUUGGGGCCUAAUAUUAAAUUUUUGUAUUGAUUAAUAAUAAUAUUAGGAUAUAAUUAUAGUAUAUCUUCUAUAAGAAAAUUUUAAAAUUUUGGAGCCUUCCUAUUGGCUGGGCCUAAGGCAACUGCAUAAGUCGUCUAAAGCUUUCUAGGAAGCACUUAUACUUCUACAUGGGUGACGCAACGAUAUCGUGUCCAUAUCCGAUACCGACACUCAUUGGAUACUUGCGGAUACUUGAUCGACACUUUCUAAAUGUAUCCAUAAUUUUAAAAUAAUUUUAUUUUUUAUUUUUAACACGUAUCCGAUACUUAUAGAAUACUUUUUAGAUACUUCGCCAAAUAUUUCGACCACGUAUCCAAUACUCCUCAAAUACUCCAAAAUGCAUUUUUAAUAAGUUUUGAAUAUUAAAAUAUAAAUUUUACAACAAUAAUAUCAUAUUAUAAUUGUUAAGAAAUUUUUUAAAAAUAUAUUGAGAUGUAUUUCGUAAUUAAUUUGCAAAAUAACUAUUGAUAUAUAUUCCUAUGUUAUAUUGUAUAAUGUUUUUAGAUCCAUAAUAGUAUAAAAAAGGAACAAAAACUCAUUGAUGAUAUAUAUAUAUAUAUACAUAUAUAAUUUUUUAUUUUCUAUUGUUUUAUUGUUGCCGUACUCUUAUGUUGUUUUGGAGAAAGUAUUAAAUACCCCGAGGGUAUGGUACCCCCGGGAUAGUGGAAGCUAUUGGAUCAUGGACGGGGUGAUGGGCCCCACCACAUGCAAGGGCUGGGAUGAUCCCGGAUGUACCAUACCUCCGAGGCAUCUAGGGGAACUUGUAAUGAUGGUUGUUCGAACAGUCUUGCUAGAGUUGAAGAAGAAAUGCAUGGAUUUAACUGAUAGCUUGGUUGGAAUCAAUGAUAAUGUAGACAAAAUGAUGAGAUUAUUAAAGGUUGGUUCUAAUGAUACACAGAUUGUUGGUAUGUAUGGUAUGGGAGGUAUUGGCAAGACAACUAUUGCAAAGUGGAUCUACAACAAGCUCUUCCAGUGCUUUGAAUGUUGUAGCUUCCUUACCGAUAUUCGAGAAAAAGCACAACAAUACAUGGGACUUGUUAGCUUGCAAAAACAGCUUCUCAAGGAUGCCUUAAAUUUGCGUGGGGACAAUAUCAGUGAUGUUAAUAGUGGAAUUAAUGAGAUAAAACAAAGAUUCUUGAGACAUAAGGUUCUCAUUGUUCUUGAUGAUUUGAAUGAAAAGUCUCACUUUGAUUGCCUUGUGGGAAAGCGUGAUUGGUAUGGUAAAGGAAGUAGGAUCAUAGUCACAACUAGAAACAAACAUGUUCUAAACGCUAUUCAAGUUGAUGAGGUUUACGAGCCACAAUUUUUGAACCUUGAGCAAUCUCUUCAACUUUUAAGCAUUCAUGCUUUCAAAAGGGAGUCUCCUCCAGAAGACUUGGACAACAUCUCUAGAGAAGUUGCAUCCACAGCUGCUGGGCUUCCUCUAACUCUUGAGGUUUUAGGUUCGUAUUUAUUUGACAAGCCGAAAAAGGUAUGGGAAGCUACAUUGAAGAAGUUGGAGAAAAUACCAGAUGAUGAAGUCCAAAAAAAGUUAAGAAUAAGUUAUGAUGAAUUAACCCAUGAGCAAAAACAGAUAUUUCUGGAUAUUGCAUGUGUUUUUAGAGGGAUGAAAAUAACUUUUGCAUCUUACAUGUGGGAAAGCUGUGGCUAUUAUCCAGAGAAGAACCUUUACGACCUUCGUCUCAUGUCUCUAGUAAAAAUGGAAGCUGAUAAUGUGCUGAGGAUGCAUGAUCAACUUAGAGGUCUUGGUAGGGAAAUCGUUCGUCAAGAAAAUCUCAGGAAUCAAGGAGCACAUAGCAGGUUGUGGGAUCAAAAGGAAGCAGGGGAUGUACUGAAGGAACGUAGGGGAACAGAAAAGAUUGAGGUCCUAAGUCUUGAUUACUUGACUGAAGAGUUGACGGUUGAUGAGAUCAUAGAUGAUUUCAUACCUACAAUACCUUAUACGGGUAAGGUAUGGAGAGAACUUGUUAAUAAUUAUGAUGAUGAUUUCAUGCCUCGUCCAAUACCGGAAUUGAGAGAACUUGUUAGGGAAUUUGGAGAAUUGAGAGAACCUGCUAAGAGGUAUCUCCAUGCGAGUCACGAUGAUGAUUUCUUACCUCCUACAAUACCUUAUACGAGUAAGGAAUUCAGAGAACUUGUUAAUAUAAGGUAUCUCCAUAUGAAUGGCGUUAAACUUGUUGGGGAUUUUAAGCAUCUUAUGUCACAAUUAAGAUGGCUUCGUUGGUAUCGCUGCCCUAGCCAUUUCAAAGCAACCAAUUUUCACAUGAAUAAUCUAGUCAUUCUUGACCUAGCAAAUAGUCCCAUCACAGAGAACUGGGAGGGUUGGAGUCAAAUCAAGGUGGCGAAUAAGUUAAAAGUUCUGAAUCUUACGAAUUGUGAUUUAAGGAGAACUCCCGAAUUUUCAUCUUUUGCAAGUUUAGAGAUAUUGAUUCUUGAAUGCUGUUCGAAAUUGGCCGAAAUUGACCCGUCCAUUGGUAAUCUGGAUAAUUUGAGAGAGCUUAACAUUUCGCAGACUAAAAUAAAGAAGUUACCUGAUGCAAUUUGGAUUUUGGAGAAGCUGGAAGUUAUAGAUGCCUCAUAUUGUCUGGAUUUGAAGUGUAACAUCCCCAGUUGUAUUGGGAGAUCAUCAUCUUUUAGACACCUGAGGUUUCGUUAUACCAAAAUUCAAAGCCUACCAACAAGCAUUUGCGAUCUCUUGUACCUCCAAACCCUUGACUUAGAUUACUGCGAAAAGCUCGAAGUAGUGCCAGAUCUUCCCUCAAGUUUAAAAAUUCUCAAAGUCAAGUCCCACGCGUCCCAGGAUAGAGAUUUGCGUGUUACCCCCAAUAAUGUUGCAAAUCUAGUUAAUUUACAGAAUCUGGAGUUUGACGGCUUGAGGGAGGAUGUGGAGUUCCCUAGAGAUAUUGAGAAGUUAUCCAAAUUGCAGGCAUUGGAGUUAAGUAAUUCCAACAUUAGGAUCCUACCCAAAGGGAUUGGUGCCCUUUCUCAGCUCAAAAUUCUCGGUAUACGUACAUGUCAUGAUCUUCAAUGCAUAUUAGGGCUACCUUUUACUCUGGUUGAAUUAUCGCUUGAAAAUUGUGAAUUAUUGGAAAGAUUGACCGAUCUGUCAAAUUUGAAAAAUUUGUUGAUAUUGAGUUUUGUCUCUUGCCAUAAGCUGAUGAAAAUUCAAGGGCUUGGGGAACUAGAAUCAUUGAAAACUUUGUACGUAUAUGGUUGCCACGCUCUUAGAGAGGUACAAUUGUUUGGGAAACUAAAAUCUCUCCAAAGAUUGACAAUAGGUGAGUGCCACACACUCACAGUGAUUCAAGGGUUAGGAAAUUUAGAAUCAUUGACAUCUUUGGACAUACGUAAGUGCAAUGAAAUAACUGAACUUGAUUUGCUUGAAUGUUCUACAUCUCUGCCAUCAUCCUCGUCCUUGGAGAUGAGCCACACUCUUAAAGAGGUACAAUUGUUUGGGAAACUAAAAUCUCUCGAAAGAUUGAGAAUAGGUGAGUGCCACACACUGAGAGUGAUUCAAGGUUUAGGAAAUCUAGAAUCAUUGACAUAUUUGAAGAUACAUGAGUGCAAUGAAAUAACUGAACUUGAUUUGCUUGAAUGUUCUGCAUCUCUACCAUCAUCCUCGUCCUUGGAGAUGAGCCACACUCUUAAAGAGGUACAAUUGUUUGGGAAACUAAAAUCUCUCAAAAGAUUGACAAUACGUGAGUGCCACACAUUGAGAGUGAUACGAGGGUUAGGAAAUCUAGAAUCAUUGACAUUUUUGGAGAUAGAUGAGUGCAAUGAAAUAACUGAACUUGAUUUGCUUGAAUGUUCUGCAUCUCUACCAUCAUCCUCGUCCUUGGAGCUGAGAGUGAUUCAAGGGUUAGGAAAUCUAGAAUCAUUGACAUCUUUGGAGAUAGAUGAGUGCAAUGAAAUAACUGAACAAGUUUUUUUUGAAUGUUCUGCAUCUCUACCAUCAUCCUCGUCCUUGGAGAUGAGCGAGUACAAACACCUUGAAAAUCAAUCAAUUGGGUCUAACUUGAAGAAGUUAUUAGUUCGAAGUUGCAAGAAUCUCACUAAGAUCCAAGGAUUAGAUAGAUUGGUAUCAGUGGAAGAUUUGAAUUUGUAUGGUUGCAAAUCCAUAGUAAGAUUACCCAAUCUGUCAAACUUGAAAAUGUUGAGACACUUAACCCUCGAAAAAUGCACGAGUUUAUGUGAGAUUGAAGGUGUUGAGGCUUUGGAAGCCUUGGAGGUACUGGAUGUCAGAGAGUGCACAUCUCUUGAACAAAUACCGGAUCUGCCAAACACACAUAUUAUCCCGAUUAAUCCAAUAACACAAGAAGAAAAAGAAGGUUCUUGUUGGACAUCUUGUGUAAUGUGCCUGUUGUGCCCUUGUUGUCUAUUAUGCGUGUUGUGCUGUUUAAUCCGUGACCUUCGUAGUGAACAACCGAGUACAAAUUGGAGAAGGGAAUGCGACUCAGAUGAUUUAGGAAUAGAAGAGAUGAGAAAGAAGCUACAACAGAAGAAUUCUAGGAGCAAUGGCAGCUUUGCAUUAUGGAAGCAGAUGUGCAUUAUGGAAUUAACCUUUUUUUUCUCCUCCUUGGCUUAUUUUUGCGAGAACAUAUAUUGGUCAUGGCAAAGGAUUAUUGCAAUAACAAUUUAUGAAGUUUGUUAACAAAAAAAAAAAAAAAAAACACUCGAGGUUUGGCGUGUUAUUUAUGAUUGAUUAAAAUCCUAUAAAAUAUUUUCAACUAGUGGCUUGGAUGGCAAUAAAUUUUCUAGCAGGUUGUUUGAUGGCAUGCCUCAAAUUUUUUUUUUUCUUUUUUUGGCGGUGGUGAUUUAUUGUUCAGUCUUGUAAGAGCUGAGAUCUUCCUUGAU